AUGACAUCUGAAGAAGCACCCGAGUAUACGAGCGAGCUCAACAUCCUGAGCCCAGUGUCUCCCAAGCCUGUCCAUUACCCAGUGCCCUCUAACAUCCCCGUUCUUGAGAACCAAAUCGACCCCGUCUUUAACCAGACCGGGACACACAUGGUUGAAGCCCUCCCUCAACAGCUCCCGCCUCCCAUGUAUCUCGACCAGCAAGCUGGCGCGUACACCCAGAACCCCUAUCAUCAGCAGCAACACGCCCAACAUGAACAGUCUCAUUCUAACCAUCCUGAAGCCUACAUGACUCAACAGGCAGGUCAACUAGGACUGGGUCAAAGCCAGCCUCCUUCUCAGGCGCAGCAUCAGGGCCAUCAAGCUUAUCAUCAGGCACAAGAGCAAGCAUCGAUUGGAACGGAUAGUCAGACCAAUCAAGUUCCUCCUGUCGUUCAUUAUGACGAGAAGUACUCUUACCAGCCUGCUGCCCCUGGCGCCGUGGCCUCGAAUGACGCCUCUGCCUCUGCCAGUGCAUCUGUUCCAUCUGAUCUUCCUUAUCCUUCUACUGCUGCCCAUCAUCUCCCUGCCUUGUCCAACCCGUCCAACAACGAAGCCUCAUUCCAGAGCAAUUCCUUCCAACCUCAGAGCCAAGCCAACUCGUCGUCUGCCAACAUCGGCGCGCCCGAGCACCCUCCAGGUGUCGAAGCCAAUAGUUUGCAGAGUCUGCUCAACAACUUGUCACACCCCAGCCAUAGUCAGGCCCAUUCCACUUCUCCCUCCUCCCAGGUUGCGCAAGCCCCAUCCAGUGCUGCAAACCAAACACACGCUCAACAUGAGCAAGCAUACUCGACCUACACGAACGACUCUCAAGCUCAGCAACCGCAGCAGCAACAGGCAAACGGAGGGCACGCAAACAGCAAUGUAAGAGUAGGAGCCAACGGUUUACCGCCGCCGCCUGUGGCCUCGUUCCAGCAAGGCAUCAAGCUCGAGAGUCAGCGCGAGAGAAAGCAAGCAGCAGGAGAAGUCUUAGACGAGGACGACCAGCCAUGGACACCCGAAACCCAGCACCGCUACGAUAAUUUCCUGACCGAGGAAAGAAAGUAUGUGACCGAGGGCAACUGGGAACAGUUUCCUUAUGGAUCGAGGCUGUUCGUGGGCAACCUUUCCAGCGAGCGCGUGACAAAGCGCGACAUCUUCCACGUCUUCCACAAGUAUGGUGAUCUGGCCCAAAUCUCCAUCAAGCAGGCAUAUGGCUUUGUGCAAUUCCUGGAAUCUGCCGGCUGCUCCAAAGCGAUCAGCGUCAGCAAGCCUCAAAAGAACCGCAAUCCCGAUCCGCGCGCCCCUCGUCGUUCGCGUUCGCCCGACACUGGCCGAGCUGGCAGUUCCUCGGUAAUCCCGGAUCGCUACUUACCAGGCGACAGAAGAGCAGAAAGAGACAGAGACAGGGACAGGAACAGAGACAGAAGGUCCCGCGAUUACCGUCCUGGAAGAUCUCCUUCGCCGCGCUCUCCUAGAUCACCCAGAUCGUACCGCGGUCGCGAUCGAAGCAGGGACAGAUACGACGCUCGGUACAGGAGCAGAUCAAGAACACCGCCCUAUGGCAGUCGUGGAGGUCGCUUCCGCAGCCCUAGUCCUCCAAGACUCUCAAGGCGCAACAGCGACGACGAUCUGCCACUGCCGCGAAGAGCUCCACGCGAUGUCCCAGACGUGCAGAUUAUCGUUCUCGACGACCUUGAUCGCAACUUCAUUGCCUGGCUGGAACACUCUUUCACCCUCCAGGGCAUCCGUGUCGACGUUCUGCUCCUGUCUCCUCGUCUGUCAGAAGCUGCAGUCGUCCGUCGUCAAAUCCUUGAGGGUGUUCUUGCCGUCUCGCGCAUCACUCGCAUCAACCAACAGACAGCCAAGAUCCCCUUGCAGAUCUUCGAUCGCCGCGCUGGUAUUGAGAAUGUUCGUUUCGAUGAGUAUGACAAUCUCGAUCCGACCAUUGCUGCACAACUAGUCUUGCGCGCAAAGGCUGCUCCUGCCUAUGCUCCACCACAGCCUGUACCCGCUCCUGUGCAGUAUGGUUAUGGAGCAGGUGUUACUGCUGCCGCCCCCAACCUAUCCAACCUGAUUACCUCUCUUGAUCCCACUGGUUUGCAAAAGCUUCUUGGUGUCAUGCAGCCACCUAGCAUUCCAACUGGCCCGCACCCUGGUCUUCCUGCCACAGCCUUGACCCCAGAUCUGGCCAAACUCCUAGGUAAUGCCGCUGCAGUACGCCCACCACCACCUCCGUUGCCUUCACCAGGCAUCCCGACACCUGGCCUGCAAUCCCCACCUUCCUACGCUCAACUGCCUCACCCUCACCAGGAUCCACUUGCCGCUCUGAGGAACAAUCCUGCCUUGGCCAAUCUUUUAGCCGCCCAGCAGCAGCAACAAUCGCCUCAGAACAUUUCCGUCCCUCAUCUGGGUGUUCAAACGCCUGAUCUGCGCUCGCCCAUCCAACCCCAACGACACAACGCUCUACCUAGCCCUGGACAGCCCGACAUGGCAGAUAUUCUUGCCAAGUUAGGGUCCUACAGGCGAUAG